CCGGGCAUGAACUCUGCAAUGUCUUGACAUUAUAGCGGCAUAGCCUACAAAAACCACCCGAAAAUGGAAGAAAUGUCAUGCUCUCGCCACACUUGGCGGCUCUGCUUAAACACGUUAUGAUUGAUAAAUAGAUGAAAGUUCUAUGGAUAUAUUUACCAUUAAGCUGUACAUUAUCUGAAAAAUAAAUGUAGCCUACAUUGUUGCUAUUCUCCAGCAACUGUGAACUGCAGAGUGAGAAUGGCUGGCCUGGGGAAACUCCGAGUGGCUGUGGUGGGAGCUGGAGCAGCAGGGCUCUGUGCUGCACGACACCUCCUGUCUCGUGGGGAAAUCUUUGCUCCACCAGUGGUGUACGAGCUCACCAACAAUGUGGGCGGCACCUGGGUGUAUGAGGAACAGGUGGGAACCUAUGACAAUGGGCUACCCAUUCAUAGCAGCAUGUACAGAAAUCUCAGAACAAAUAUCCCCAAGGAAGUGAUGUCUUUUCCGGAUUUCCCCUUUGAGAAACAUCUUCCUUCAUUCGUUCACCAUACAGAGGUUCGGAACUACCUGGAGAAGUACUGCGACCAUUUCAGGCUAAGAGACCACAUCCAGUUUAACACCAUGGUGGACUCUGUGAAGCCAGUGCAGGAGAAGCGGGGCUGGCAUGGGCUGGCCUGGGAUAUUACCACAACGGAUGGGAUCAGCAAGACCAAGAGUAUCACUGAGCGCUUUGAUGCUGUCAUGGUGUGCAAUGGUCAUUUUUAUGACCCUUACAUCCCAGCCAUCCCUGGUCUGAAGAACUUUACAGGGAUGUUGAUGCACGGCCAUGACUACCGCAAUCCUGAGCCUUUCUCUGGGAAGUCUGUGGUGCUGCUGGGAGCUGGCUUGUCUGGGCUUGAUAUCGCCAUGGAGCUGUCCAGUGUCGAUGCACAGGUAAUCCUGAGCCACAGGCAGCGCCCUCUCACCUGCACCCUUCCAAAAGGGGUCCAACAGGCUCCUCCAGUUAAGAGGGUUCUUGAAGAUGGGAUGCUACAGUUUCAGGAUGGGAGGCUGGCUAAGCCAGAGGUCUUCCUGUUCUGCACUGGCUACAACUUCACCUUCCCAUUCCUGGACUCAAAGCUGGGAUUGCAUGUUCAAGAACACCUGGUUUCCCCGCUCUAUAAGUUCCUGAUGCCCCCGGCGUUUCCCUCCCUCUUCAUUGUGGGCAUCUGCAGAGCUAUCUGCCCCUUCCCUCACUUCCAUUGCCAGGUCCAGUUUGUACUCUCUGUCUUGGAUGGAUCCUUUGCUCUGCCAUCCUGUAAGGAGAUGGAACAGGAUGUAGAGAUGGAUAUCGCCAUGAGAAAAGAGCGAGGCAUUGCCACCCGACAUGUCUUGAAGUUGGACUCGGAACAGUGGGCCUACAACAAUGAACUGGCCAAACUGGGGGGCUUCAAACCACUGCCACCAUACUGGAGUAACCUCUAUGAAUCUAACAAAGUGUUCAGAGCACGAGACAUGCUCAACUACAAGACCUAUCGGUACACCAUACUAAAUGACAAAGAGUGGAUGGUGCACACACAGCAGGGGGAGCCCAUACAGAAACCCCUACCCUCAGCAAAGUAAUGACAACACUUGCUGUGCUGACCAAAAGUCCUAUGCGUGACUGCCUGUCUUAUGCGCAAUGAUUUCAACUAUAAGCAAAGUCAAUAAUAUGUGAAUGAAAUAUGCACUCGGUACAUGUCAGACCUUGAUGUAAUGUACAUUUUAACUGAAGAAUUACGGAUGCACAUGAAGUGAAGUUGAUUCAACCUUUUUUCUAUGCCAGGUUCCUCAUAUGAUGGACUUCAUACUCUAGUCUUCACAUUUUUAUUAAAGCAUGUUUUAGAGCAGGGGUGUCCAGUCUUGUCUGCAAUGGGCUGGUGUUGGUGAAGGUUUCUGUUUUAGCCCAGCACUAUGACACCUGUUUCAGCUAAUUAACCAAUAAUGGUCUUCAAUUCCUGAUAAGUAGAAUCAGGUGUCUUAGUGUUGGGCUAGAACAAAACCUACACUCACACCGGCCCUUUUCAGAUACAAUUGGACAUCCCUGUUUUAGAGAAACAGUAUUUUGUAAUUGUUCAAUGAGAUGCAUUAUGCUCAUCCACUGUACCAAUUAGUAUGAAGGAAUUAGUUGCUAAAUGUUUCCAUGUGUGACAUAAACAGAAAGUUUUAAUCAGUGAGAUUUUUUUUUUAAUGCACUGUAACCAGAUGAUUAAGCUAAAUAGAGAAAAAGCAUUUUACACCAUUCAUUGCAUAACCUUCAUUUCAGUGCUUUUGAUGAGUCAGUCUGAUCACUUUAAUUCUUAUAUUGUUAUAAUAUCCUAUUGCCUUUAAAAAAAAUUCAAAUUCAUUUUUACAACAGCUAAAUGUAAUGAUAUAAGAAAUAAUGUAUAAGCUCUGUUCUCUGUGCCAUGUUGCAAUAUCAACUGAAUAUUUGAAAGUUGUGCGUUAUUUGAAGAGACUAUAUUACAAUUUUCGGGAAAUUCAUCAUUAUUCAUUUAUUAUGUUUCACAUACAGUAUAGGCUGUGUUCAUUUCUACACAGACAUGGCAUUUCAUGCACACCAUAGAACCUAAAUAAAUACACAUUUAUUAAACAUUA